AUGGGGGAAUUCCCGCAGCCAAAACGAAGAUUUGGCCACAUUCAAGUAGACGUUGUGGGUCCCCUGCCCCCGUCAGAAGGCGCCAGAUACCUCCUGACGAUAAUCGAUCGCUCCACCAGAUGGCCCGAGGCGACGUCGAUGUCGGAGGCAACCACCAAAGCGUGCGCCAAAGCCCUUCUAGCCAGCCGGAUCAGUCGAUUCGGAGUGCCGGAUGAUAUCACGACGUACCACGAACCCGUUUUCCUGUCGGAGUUGUGGGCCGCCCUGGCCCGCCUGAUGGGGACAUCACUACACGCCACCACCACCUACAACCCGGCGGCUAACGGCAUGGUGGAGAGGGUCCACCAAUCUCUCAAGGCUUCCCUAAUGGCACGCUGCACCGACGAGGAUUGGAAGAGCCAACUACCGUGGGUCCUCCUCGGCCUUCGAACCGCCCCUCGGGCGAACGGCAAAGCAUCACCUGCGGAGAAGGUAUACAGGGAACCAUUGACAGUCCCAGGCGAGUUCUUCCCAACCAACCUCGACGACGCAGACCUCUCCAUCACCAAACUUGAGGAAUCCACUGGAAAAUUCACGCCCUGCAUCAAGACCUUCUCUGACAGAACUAAACACUUCCUCCCAAAGGCCCUAUCGUCCUGCAAACACGUCUUCAUCAGGGACGACGCCCGCUGCCCGCCACUAACGAGACCCUACCAAGGCCCCUUCCGCAUCCUCCAACGCACCGACAAGGCGUACUUCAUAUCCAUAAAUGGUCGCGAGGACUGUGUCUCGACCGACCAACUGAAACCAGCUUUCCUUAUGGACGAAGAGUAUGGUGACGCAGAUCUCAUAGGGCGCCUCACUCUUCCUCAGCAAGAAGUGACUCCAUUGAUCGCCAAACCACCCAGUCGUAGCUGCGGCCGCCCUCGGAAGACGGUCGAACCCCCCGAGGAUCACCUCAGGGGAGGCAUCCCGUCCCCAAAAAUGUCCAAGGACUCCGAGGUCGAGGAUCUACCACAGCAGCUGGUCUCGUGCACCCGAGGCUGCCUCCACCAGCUCGCUUGCUUCUGCGAGUAG